UGACACCAGGGUUCUAGCGCCUUUUUCGUGCUUACUAUGACCCCAGGAUUCCGGGAGGAUUGUCGACGCCUUGGAGGAUGUGGCAUGUGGGGGACACAACUAUUCCCCUUUCGGCAUUGUCCGUUGUUGAGCGUUUCGGAUCCUUCUCCCCUUUUCUCGAUAAUACAUGCCACUCGUAGGUGAUCCGAUGAUUGAGCAAUCGAGCAUGCGUGGCUUGGCGAUUUGAGCCCAUUGAGGACGCAGGGCUAUUCCCCUUCAUCCUUCAAGAUGCUCAGUGUAUAAAGAUGUCUGACCCUCCGAAAAUAUCGUCAACGAUGGAACAACAAGGCCGGUUACCACAAACCACAGUCGGUCACUAUCUGCCAACCGCAAGCGCGUACGAGCUAUACACAUCAACUCCGCAUAUAGAAAUCGCCACAACCCUACAACCCCGCCGGCCACUGUCCUGGCACAAUCAGCCUGGUGGGGAUCCCGGCUUUCCAUUUUGGGUACCUGGCGCCGAGGCCGGGGGUGCGAUUGUACCCUGGAGCCCCCACGAAGGUCCCGGGACUGGAGCCACGGAGCAGCCCACCCAAGGCGCGCAGUCGAUGCCAGGAGAACCUCGAGUCCUGGUCAGCGACUUUGGCCCUGUGGAUGGCAGUCUCCCGCGUAUGGCUGAACGCGCUCUGCAGGAACCCGGCCACUUACGCGUGGUCGUGUCUUCCGGCCUCGCCCAGGGAACCACCCAAACCGCCGUUGAUGAAACUCUCAUUGGAUCAUCAAGCGCGCCAACUCAUCCUACCCAGCCGACCACUCCUUCACUGCAAUGUAGAUGGCAGGACUGCACCAGUUCAGCGACUUUCCGCCGCGAGGCUGAUCUUCUCCGCCUCGUGAAAACAGUCCACGUUUCGCGGGACGCAUACCGCUGCCCGGAAUCGCACUGCGACCGGACCUUUGGUCGGAGAGACCACCUGCGAGCGCACAGAAGGAAUCGGCAUGCCGAAGGAGGAGAUAGAUGAUUCUUUCCCGGUUUUCUUUUUAUCUUUUACUCUUAUCCUGUAUCUAGUAAGACAUUUAAUUAGCUAUAUGCAUCCGUUUCUCGCCGCCCGGCCCCGACCCAUUCCUCUUCCCCGGA